AUGGCAAUCUACAUUGCCACUGGUAUCAAGAUUGUCAGACGAGGAGCACUACUAAGGUUCUUUGUGAAAGGAUCGCAGCAAAAGUCUCAGGACUCAACAAUAGCAGUAGAGGCUGUCACAGAUCCCUUCGUGUCUGGAAAGAACAUUAUCGUGACGACACAGAUUGAACACGACGUCCACCAUCAUGAUCUCGGCUCACGACACGCGUUGUCUGAAGUCGAUCACGCGUCUCUAAGCUCUUACUCCAGCACGAAAAACUUGUCAAAGCCAGUACCACGAGACGAGAUCGAGAUAAGGUACUCAGACCAGAACCGCGCAUCGCUUACCUCUCGCGACCUGAGACCCUCUCCCGGCAUCCGCGUAUCCCCCUACCUCCACGACGAAGACACCAGCGCCGGCUACAGAGCAACAGUCUUCGCCACAAACCCCCCCUCAGAAACCGCCGCCCUCCCACCCGGCUCCUUCUCCGCCGCAACACACCAAAACUCGCACAUCAAGCGCGCAGCCGGCAACGCCGCCGCCCUCGCCUACCUCAAAGUCGCAUUCCUGAUGUUCAUCGCGCUCAUCGUCGUCUGGGUGCCCAGCUCCGUAAACCGCCUCGACCAAUUCAUGCACCACAACAAAGCCAACUUCCCCCUGAGCUUGAUCUCCGCCAUCGUCCUGCCCAUGCAGGGCACCUGGAACGCCACGAUAUACAUAUACACGACGCAAGCGGAGUACUGGCGCGCGUAUGCCAUCAUACGCAGUAAGAUUACGGGAAAAGCGGCGCCGUAUCGCCCUCGGCGGGAGCACUGGCAGAAGGACACGUUGACGAGCUCGUCGGCUACCAGGGACACUGACCCGGAGAUUCAGCUGGAAGAGGGGCUUAAGCAAGGAGAUGAUCUGCGCCAUUCCGAGUCGCUAAGGGACGGGAGUAUCAGCUCCGCCGGCUUGCGAUAA